CUUUUUUAAAAUUCCGAGGCCUGUAAAUGGAAAUUGGAAUUUAUCGAUCCCACCGAAGCUUACUGUUGUGUAUAUAUAUAUAUAAUUAAAAGCGGAGUUUCCACGCAAAAUUGCAUUCCCUUGUCUUUUCAAAUCAAUUCCAUUUCCACCCUUAAAUUCCUCUCACUCCUACUCUCUCUCUCUCUCUCUGUGAUUCCGAACGCUGUCGUUUCUCUGGCUCGUUUUCAUCUACUGCCUACUGGUUUCUAGAACGAUCGAAUUCCCAGCUGAUUCAAACCGUCGGCGUUUUCAGUACCGCAACCGGCAAGGAUAAGAGAGACCUGGGCAUUGGCCGCGAGUUUUGCGUACUGUAAGGAUUGUAUUUGAAUUUGAAUUUGUUGUGACGAAGAGAAAUGAGUACGCAGUUUUUGGAAAUUCAGCCCAAGGAACUGAAAUUCAUAUUUGAGUUGAAGAAGCAUAGUUCAUGCUCAGUUCGACUGGCCAAUAAUACCCACAGCUAUGUUGCUUUUAAGGUUAAAACUACAUCCCCUAAGAAGUACUGUGUGCGACCAAAUGUAGGUAUUAUUUCGCCGAAAUCAAGUUGUGAUUUUUCAGUUACAAUGCAAGCUCAACGGACAGCUCCUCCUGAUAUGGCGUGCAGAGACAAGUUCUUGAUCCAAAGCACGAUAGUUCCUGAUGGGACAACUGAUGAGAACAUUACGCCUAGCAUGUUUGCCAAAGAUGGCGGCAAGUACAUUGAAGAGAACAAGCUGAGAGUAAUCCUUGUUAGCCCACCCCAUUCACCGGUGUUGUCACCAAUUAAUGGAGCACUGAAACAGGGGCUGGCUUAUGAAGCUUCAAAGCUGAAAAGUCAGUUUUCGAGUAGAGUUGAAACAAAGCAAACGGUUACUAAGGAUGUAGAUGAGUCCAAUUUGGUCAAUGAUGAGGUGCUAAGCCUAGAAAAGGAUAUGGAGUUCGAAACAGUGGAGGAUGCAGAACAAAGUCCAGCAAAUGAUGCAGAACUGAGGACAGCAAAGGAUGCAGAAUUUGAGCCAGAAGAGGAUUCAAAAUUGAAGCCAGCAGAGGAUGUGGGGUCAAAUUCAAUAAAGAAAGUGGAGGAGUUAAAUUUAAUUAAAGAUAUUGAGGAGAUGAAGUCAAAACUUGAUGGUCUUGAAUCAAAGCUAAGGGAGGCUGAAGGUACCAUUUCAAAGCUAACAGAGGAGAGGAGAUCAAGCGUUCAAGAUAUAAAAGUGUUGCAGGAGAAACUUGCAGAACUGAGCAGAAGAGGAGUAAGAAGAGUUCAAGUGGGAUUUCCUCUUCUGUUUGUUUGUAUGGUGGCACUCAUCAGUGUUGUGGUUGGAUACCUUUUACACCUUUGAAAAGUGCACAAAGCUUUUACAAUAUAUUGAUAGUUAGAGGUAUAAAUAAGUACAGGAAUCCCUUAAAAGGAGGUAUUUUAGUCAGCGUUUUCAAUGUGGCCAAUGUAAUUUUCUGCGAAUGUAAUUUUCUUGGAAAAAAAGAAGAAGAAAAGUAAAAUGAAAAUGUAUGCAAGUGAAGCCAUUACUUUGAUUAUUAGAUAUAAUAAUGUACUUGAUCUGGAGAGUUAAGCUACGGUCCAGAAUUUCUUCUUCUGGUCUAACCAACUGUAAAUUUGGAAAAUUGGAAGCUAAAUUUAAUUUUGUUUUGUAUUUUUCUUUUGA